UGUAUAUAAUCAAGAUAUAUUAGUGUUUUAUUUUUUCAUAUUCUUUUUACAAAUGUUAGAAUUUUUCCACUUCCUCUUUGACACUUUCUUCCACUUUGACAAAAAAAUGACAAUUAAAUUCAUUUUAAUCCCACUUUAUAGCACAACAAAAUGUGGAAAAAUUAAAGGGGUGUGAAUACUUUCUGAAGGCACUGUAUCCAUCUAAAUGUGUUAAUUAACCAAUCAAACAAACAAUCAAUCAAUCUUUCAAGGAUCACGAUGCCCACAACAUUGAAAAAGUAAUCUUUAUUCUUAAAACCAUAACUUCAUGAUCAUUGACAUUGACCUAUACAAUGGAGGGACCUGUACUUGAUUGGACAAUGUGUGUAGAACAUGAACACUUUCCAUAAAGACCUGUGGUGAGGGGGUAGAGGGAGAUGGAGGGAAGGAAAGAAGAGAGUAGUAGAGAGGAGAAAAGACAAGGAUUAAGGCUUUGUCAGUGUCCUACAGGCUCUACUAUUUCUCCUCUCUCUUCCUUUUCUCCAUCUCAUCCUCCUUUAACACCCUUUUCUGUGUUUCAAAAUGCUGUGUGAUAGUGUCUGUAUAUUAGCAUUAUAUCCAUGUAAAACAUGUGUGGGAUACAGACAGACAGACAGUGCUGUGAGACAUUAUCACCUGGUUACAUGUCCUUUACAUCUUCUCCGAUAAUAAAUAAAUAUGAAUAGUGAUCAUAACUUUAUUCAUAAACUACUUUUCACACAUUGUGCUUGGAACUACAUAGAAGAAGAAGUAGAAAGAGUAAAUCAGUUAUGGCUAUACCAUGUAAAGUUUUUCCUGUUAAGAGUAAGAGAAAGAUAAGAGAGAAACACUGUGUGUGUGUGUGUGUGUGUGUGUGUGUCUGCGUGUCUGUACAUGAGUGCAUGCAUGUGUGUCUGCAUGCAGCUGCGUGUGUAUGUGUUAGAGGAUUAACUCCUUGCGCCCUUCAAGUCUAUGCAUUCCUGUUCUCUAUAUGCUGCUAUAGUUUACAGGCCCAGCGCACUAACAGAGGGGAAAGUGCCAUUGUCAGGGCUUUCCAUUGACAGUAAAGUGCUUACAUGCAGCACGGGGGAGGAGGGGGCUUCUGGGUGAUGCGAUGACCUGGGGUGCUUUGGUCCAGAUCAACUCUGAUGACGCUUGUGUUUUUAUUGUCCUGCGAGCCCCGGCGUUCGGCCCUUGCCAGGGUAUAAAAGCUAGGGCUCUCCACUGAGGGGGCCAGCACGAGCCAGCCUACCCCACACGGCACUACAAGCUGUACACGCAGAAUCUCCUGAUCCCUCACCAUGUCUCAGACCGCCAAGUCCGCCUCCAGUCAGGGCACUGAUGCCAAGGACAAGGGAGCCCCUGCCCCCGCUGCCACCAGCAAGGCCACCAAGACCGGAGACCCUGGCAUGGGAAACUUCAAAAUCAUGCUGUUCGACCAGGAGAACUUCCAGGGCAGAAUGAUGGAGAUCCAGAACGAGUGCAUGAACGUGUGUGACCGCGGCAUGGAGAGAGUGCGCAGUAUCAUCGUUGAGUGCGGCCCCUUUGUUGCCUUUGAGCAGACUAACUUCCGUGGGGAGAUGUUCAUCUUGGAGAAGGGAGAGUACCCUCGCUGGGAUACCUGGAGCAACUCUUACCGUAGUGACUGCCUCAUGUCCCUCAGACCCAUCCGCAUGGACAGCAUGGAGCACAAGAUCUGUCUGUUUGAGCUCUCCGACUUCAAGGGCAAUAAGAUGGAGAUCCAGGAGGAUGACGUGCCCACCCUCUGGGCGCACGGCUUCACUGACAGGGUGGGCAGCGUGAGGGUGCCCGGCGGAGUGUGGGUGGGUUACCAGUACCCCGGAUACAGAGGCUACCAGUACCUGUUUGAGUGUGGUGACUACAGACACUACAAUGAGUUCUGUGCCUUCCAGCCCCAGAUCCAGUCCAUGCGUCGCGUCAGGGACAUGCAGUUCCAUCAGCGUGGUUGCUUCAACCUCACUUCCGCCAGCAAGUGAGUGAACUCUGGUGGACGGACGCUGUAACUGCAGCCAGCCCUCCCUCACUCAACCCGCCCAACAGGCGCUUUUUAUUUCUCCAACCCUAUCCCUCCUUUCCUUCCCUUCACCCACCCUCAUCCCUCCAUCCUAAAGGGAUAGAAUGACAGCAUCGUACCAACUGGAACAACCUAAAUGACUUUUUAUGAUGCCAAAUAAUAAACAUGUUUUGAAAAACUUGAA